UAUUCGCAAAUACACCUAUCAAAUGAUAAGUUAUGAUUAUCAAUUCACCAUUGCAUAUAUAAUUGUUAUAAAUACGUUUGGCUCCUUAUAUUCAAUUAAUAUGUAGUAAUACCAGUUCUCAAUCAAAUAAUGAAGUUAUCCACGCAUAAAGCCCCAUACCUGAGCUUUACUUUCAUCAGUUAUCAGAGAAGGAUCGCUACUGAAGAAAUCAUGUGGCAAACCAAAUCUGUAGCUAUCCUGAUAAUGGCAGCUUGUCUCAUUGUUGAAGCAUUUCCUACAGAAAAUAAGGUAAAUACAAAAAAAAGUCGAAUUUUAGGAUUCAAUACUAAAACAAAAGAUAUGACAACCGCAGCACGGUCCAUCGGAUUUAAUAUGACACCGCAACAAAAAAAUGCACGGGUAUCUGAACUGGAGGCGGAUUUGGCAUGUGUUAUUGGAAACGACAUCGUCAUCGCCUCAAAAUCGUACAUGCAAAUGGCAGCAACAUUUAGUAAAAAGGAGACCGCCGAUUUUUUCAAUUCGGUCGCUAUGAAUACGAUGGAGAAUAUUUCUUAUCGUAUAGAAACCAUAAAGAACUUGAUCGAAAAUAAUAGUCGGGCUAAAGCCAAAAAGAUAGCGGAGAAUAUUGCCAACGAAGCAGCGGCCAAAGGAUUCCGGAUUCUUCAGGAGAAAAAAGGCAAAUUGGACUGGAGCGUGAUGGAAAGCGGAGUGGUCGGCAUUACCAACAACAUCAAGGAGUUGAUAACACAGGCGUUAACUGAGCAGUAGUCAUUUAUAGGUGUCCCAAAGAAAACAGUUAACAGUUUCAUUUAACUUUAAAAAUUUAAUUAUUCAUUACUUGGGAUUUAUUUCACGACAUUUUCGGUAUUUGGUUUGCUACGUAAUUAAAAUUUACAAUAUUUAAUUCAAACAUUAAAAAUAAUGAACACUU